AUGGGUAACGAGGAGGCUGAUCGAGCUGCAAGCCGAGCUAUUAGUGACGGUAUUACAUAUAGUACUUUACCAGUACACAGCGAACUGUUACGUGAGGUUAAAAUGGCGCCAAUGCGCGGCGAGAGGGGCGGGUCCCCGGCGCGAGGCGCGCGCGCAUCUCUGCCGCUGCCGCGCCGCCUCAUCCGGCAGAUCGCGCGCCACGUCGCCUCCAGCGGCCGCUCGCUACGCCGCCUCGAAGUCUCCGGGAAGGUCAUAGAUAACUUCGACGACAUCGAGGACGCCUCCGACGAGUCGGAUAUGGAGACGCCACAGCCUGCAGUGGCGUGCGGUGGCAACGCCGGUAACCUACCACCCGCUGAUCACGACGACGACCUGACCAGCCUCAGUUGGCUUCAGGACCGAAAUUUACUUAGAGGAAUUAACCUCACCAAAAAUGACAUGGAAGAUACGAAGACAAUCACAAGUCAGGUUGUGACGAAGCAAACAGAAGCAUCGAAAACACCCCCACCGAUGGCCCGGGUGCCGUCUCCCCCACGUACUCCUUGUAAAGCUCCCCCCUCCCCUCCAGCUUCUAGUACUCACACAAAACCCCCAUAUUCCUUUUCUUGUCUUAUCUUUAUGGCAAUAGAAGCUGCCCCCACUCGUGCCCUGCCCGUCAAGGAAAUAUACGCGUGGAUCAUCCGCCAUUUCCCCUACUUCAAGCACGCGCCACAGGGUUGGAAGAACAGCGUUAGGCACAAUCUUUCACUCAACAAAUGUUUCCAUAAGGUAGCUGCAGCACCUGGCCUAGGCAAAGGGUCACUCUGGACGGUUGACCCACAGCAUCGUUCGACAUUACUACAAGCGUUCGGGCGCCAGCCAGUGCCGCCGGUGGAGAGCGAGCCCGAGGCGGCGGGGCCCGACAACAGCAAGAACGCGCCCGACCCGCAGCUGUUCCCGUACCUGGCGCGCCGCCUAGCCGCAGACGCGCGCCCGCAGCCCGGCGCCGACGAGUACCUCGCCGCGGCCACCGUGCUCGCCAUGAAGUACGGUCCCGCCGUGCUCGAGCAGGUCGGUGCAGUGUGUGUGCGCCCGCAGCCCGGCGCCGACGAGUACCUCGCCGCGGCCACCGUAAUCGCCAUGAAGUACGGUCCCGCCGUGCUCGAGCAGGUCGGUGCAGUGUGUGUGCGCCCGCAGCCCGGCGCCGACGAGUACUUCGCCGCGGCCACCGUGCUCGCCAUGAAGUAUGGGCCCGCCGUGCUCCAGCAGGUCGGUGCAGUGUGUGUGCGCCCGCAGCCCGGCGCCGACGAGUACCUCGCCGCGGCCACCGUGCUCGCCAUGAAGUACGGGCCCGCCGUGCUCGAGCAGGUCGGUGCAGUGUGUGUGCGCCCGCAGCCCGGCGCCGACGAGUACCUCGCCGCGGCCACCGUGUUCGCCAUGAAGUACGGGCCCGCCGUGCUCGAGCAGGUCGGUGCAGUGUGUGUGCGCCCGCAGCCCGGCGCCGACGAGUACCUCGCCGCGGCCACCGUGCUCGCCAUGAAGUACGGGCCCGCCGUGCUCGAGCAUGUCGGUGCAGUGUGUGUGCGCCCGCAGCCCGGCGCCGACGAGUACCUCGCCGCGGCCACCGUGCUCGCCAUGAAGUACGGGCCCGCCGUGCUCCAGCAUGUCGGUGCAGUGUGUGUGCGCCCGCAGCCCGGCGCCGACGAGUACCUCGCCGCGGCCACCGUGCUUGCCAUGAAGUACGGGCCCGCCGUGCUCGAGCAGGUCGGUGCAGUGUGUGUGCGCCCGCAGCCCGGCGCCGACGAGUACCUCGCCGCGGCCACCGUGCUCAACAUUAAACUGCCGCCCGCGGCGCACCUGGUGAUCUCACGGUGCGCGCGCGACGAGCACUCGUACAGCGGUGAGGGCGGCGAAGAGCGGCGCACGGCCGAGGCGCUGCUCAACCUGGCAGGAGUGCGCUGCGAGCCUGCGCCCGCGCCCAGCUAG